ACGACUUGAUUUAAAUUCAAACACCGUCUCCAUUGCUCAAAAUAAUAACAUAAUACCCUACUCCAGCAGUGAAUUAUAAAAUGUCGCACCACAGCGAUGAUCAAUUAUUAGAAGCUGGCAGUGAAUCGUUUUGGGAGCCAGGCAACUACAAACGUACAACCAAACGUAUAGAGGAUGGUUACAAACUGUGCAAUGACCUACAACAACUGAUUCAGGAAAGAGCCGAUAUAGAAAAGUCGUAUGCCAAAAGUUUGCGUGCUUGGUCUAAAAAAUGGGCUGAAUUAAUAGAGAAAGGUCCGGAAUAUGGUACAACGGAGGCAGCAUGGAAAGGUGUUCUAACCGAGUCGGAGCGUAUAUCAGAUGUUCACAUGAAGAUCAAGGAGAAUUUGUGUAGCGAUGUUAGUAGCCAGAUUAAAGCAUGGCAAAAAGACAACUACCACCAUACGUUGAUGCAGAUCAAGGAACGCAAAGAUAUGGAGGAUCUAUUCAAGAAGGCCCAAAAAACAUGGGCGAAACUAUUGGCCAAAGUCGAGAAGGCCAAAUCGGAAUAUCAUGCAGCUUGCAAAACAGAAAAAAGUGCCACAAAUCAAGAACGCAAUGCCACCGCCGAUAGUUCAUUGUCGCCAGACCAGGUGAAAAAAAUGCACGAUCGUGUCCAAAAGACUAAAGACCAGGUUCAAAAGUGCCGAGAGAAAUACGAACAGGCGAUUGCUGAGAUAACCAAAUACAAUUCCGUGUACAUAGAAGAUAUGACGUCAGUUUUCGAAAAGUGCCAAGCUAUGGAGAAGACUCGAUUGGAGUUCUUUAAGGAAGUGCUAUUCAAUUUGCAUGCAGUUUUAGAUCUUACCAAGGUACCCAGCUUACCACAAAUCUAUGAAGAGUUUUAUCACACUAUUAAUAAUGCCGAUCAUCAAAAGGAUCUGAAAUGGUGGUCAAACAACCAUGGUGUCAACAUGGCCAUGAACUGGCCUGCCUUUGUGGAAUAUACCGAGGAAUUCCGAGAUAUUGCUAAGGGUAGUAAAUCAAAGGAAGCUUUGCCAGCAGCACCAAUCACAUUGAUUAAUCAAAGGCCGGUGAAUGAAGAUUUACACGAAUAUUCGGGCACAUCUAGUUUGAAAAAGUCCAAUAAUUCGUCAACAUUGAAAUCAUCGGGCAAACCAGAUUCUUCCUCCACAGCUACCUCGCCCACAACAGCAACGGCCACAGCCACGAAUAAAACAACACAUACUCGCAAUUCGAGCGUAACCAAUGGCAAAUCGAAUUCAACCGAUGCCAAUCCCUUCGAAGAGGAAGAAGAGUGGGACGAAGGUGACAAUGUUUUGGUUGAUAAUGGCGAACCCGGAGUUCCAGUUAAAGCCCUUUAUGACUAUGAUGGCGCUGAAAGUGAUGAACUGACCUUCAAACAAGGUGAUGUGUUUGAAAAACUGGAGGAUGAAGACGAACAAGGUUGGUGUAAGGGACGUAUGAAUGGCCGCGUUGGUCUGUAUCCUGCAAACUAUGUGGAAGUUGUUCAAACGUAAAUCGUUGCACGAUUUUAAAUCAACAGCGUUGAUCCACCUCCUUCUGCACUUAUUACCACAGUUUAUUUAUGCUAAAACAAACAACCAUCAAAACGAACAACAAUAAGAAGCAACCGACGCUUUGUAGCAUUUAUUAAGUAUUAAACAUCGCCCACAGCCCUG